AUGCAACAAUCAUCCAGUCACAUUCAACACUUUAUGACCCGAUGGGCCAAGUCAGUGGGAGUUAUGAGGUUGGGGCAUAAAUUCAAGCUGAGUAUAUCUGCUAAAGUCUCAUAUGCCGAGCAAAAGGGAUUGCUUGGUUACUUUGCAUGGCAUCUUGCUAAUGACAACGAUUGGGCCUUUCAAAACAAGAAUGGACGCGUCAGGAAGGAAUUAAACGUGAGUCAAUCUGGUGGAUAUGUGGUGUUCUGCCACCGGUCCACUGGUGGGUAG